AUGAUUACAGAAGGCUCAAAUUUGUUACCAUCCGGUAACAAGCCGGGAAAAAGGUAUGCGAGACACAUUCUUUUUGGAUUGGUUUUAGUUCUAGUUGUUUUGGCCACUUUCUCCCAUAAUUUUACAUUGAAAGAUCAAAGAUCAACGUUGUUCCCAGGGUUCUUAGGUGGUCACAAGCACCCAAAGAAGAAGAACGUAAUAUUUUUCGUUUCUGAUGGUAUGGGACCUGCAUCUUUGUCCAUGACUCGUUCUUUCCAGCAGUUUACUGAUGGGCUCACGUUUGACCACAUGUUGAAUCUCGAUGAAUUCUUUGUCGGUUCUUCAAGAACAAGAUCUUCAAAUUCGUUAGUCACUGAUUCAGCAGCGGGAGCUACUGCGUUUUCAUGUGGUUUGAAGACUUACAACGGUGCCAUCGGUGUGGAUCCAAAUGGACAACCUUGUGGUACACUCUUGGAAGCCGCAAAGCUUCAAGGGUAUUUGACUGGGUUGGUGGUCACUACAAGAAUUACUGACGCGACUCCUGCAUCGUUCUCUGCUCAUGCUGAUCGUAGAAGCAUGGAACAGUUAAUUGCCCAACAUCAGUUGGGUGAAUAUGAAUUGGGUAGAAUGGUGGAUUUGAUGAUCGGUGGUGGUAGAACUAGCUUUUACCCCAAGGGUGCUGCAGCUUCACCAUAUGGGAUCAGAGGUUCUCGUACAGAUGGUCGUGACUUGAUCAAAGAAGCUGUAGCAGACGGUUGGCACUAUGUUGGAGAUCGCGAAUCCUUUAAUACCUUAUCCGAGGGUGAUAAUGUGAAACUUCCUUUGCUUGCUUUGUUAGCUGACUACGAUAUACCCUUUGAGAUUGAUAGAUUAGAUUCGGAAUAUCCAUCCUUGAAAGAAGAAGCUAUGACUGCAAUCAACGCAUUGUCCAAAGCAACUAGGGAUUCAGACCAGGGAUUUUUCUUGUUAGUUGAAGGUUCUCGUAUUGACCAUGCAGGUCAUUUGAACGAUCCUGCUGCACAGGUUCGUGAGGUCACUGCAUAUGAUGAGACGUUCAAGGCUGUUGUUGAAUACGCUAAAAAUUCAGACGUAGAAACCGUCAUAAUUUCAACUUCAGAUCAUGAAACAGGUGGUUUGGUCACGGCCAGACAAGUUUCUAAAGCAUAUCCGGAUUAUUUAUGGUUACCUGAAGUCUUGGCAAAAGCACAACAUUCGUGUGAGUACUUAGCAAGAAAGUUGAUUCAAAAAAAGCUUCAAACUUCUGAGACCUCAAAGGGCAAUCUAGUUAAGUUCAUCAAACAUGAAAUUGUGGAAGCUGGUUUAGGUAUCAACGAUUAUACUGACGAAGAUAUCAAAGAGCUUGAGAGCUUGAUCGAUACCCCUGGCUUUUUGAUGGACAAAUUGACCGAUAUGGUCUCUUUCAGGGCGCAGUUGGGCUGGACAACACAUGGUCAUAGCGCAGUCGAUGUUAAUAUAUAUGCAUACUCCAACAAGGACGGGUUGAAGUCUAAGAUUUUGGAUAAACUUGGUGGUAACCAUGAGAAUAUUGAAAUUGGUCAUUUCAUGAGAAAUUAUUUGGGCCUUGAUUUGAAGAAAGUCACAGAGAUGAUCAAAAACACCACUCAUACUCAGGAAUUUGUAUCUUCCGCUUCAGAGGAAAACUACUUUGAAUACAUUCCUUCAUUCUUGAAAGAAAUAGAAAUCUAA